GCACAGGCCUGGCGGCGGCGGGACCAGGGUCUCCCUGUGUAGCCCAAGCUGGUCUGGAAUAUGGAAUCCUCCUGCCGUAACCCAAGUGCUGGGAUUGUAGCUGGAGCUGCUGUCAGAGAACUGGGAGGUGGAGCUGGAGCUGACCAACCCGAGGAGCUGGCUGACCCAGGCCCCAGCACAACAGGGGUACUAACUAGCGCUGGCUAGUUAGUGUUGGGAAAGCCGCAGCUACAGCUUCUGUUCGCCACUGCCUCGCACCUUCUGCUGGGGUCAGCAUGGAGCCCGGUGGUGCCUCCGUCCCUGCUGCCUUGCCGUACUACGUGGCCUUCUCCCAGCUGCUGGGCCUUACCGUGGUGGCUGUGACUGGCGCAUGGCUGGGCCUGUACCGAGGUGGCAUUGCCUGGGACAGCUCGCUGCAGUUUAAUGUGCACCCACUCUGCAUGGUCAUAGGCAUGAUCUUCCUGCAAGGAGAUGCUCUCCUGGUGUACCGUGUCUUCAGAAAAGAAGCCAAACGCACGACCAAGAUCCUGCACGGGCUGCUUCAUGUCGUUGCUCUCAUCAUCGCCCUGCUGGGCUUGGUGGCCGUGUUCGACUAUCACAGGAAGAAGAGCUAUCCAGACCUAUACAGCUUGCACAGCUGGUGUGGGAUCUUAGUCUUUGUUCUUUAUUGUGUGCAGUGGCUUGUGGGUUUCAGCUUCUUCCUGUUCCCUGGAGCUUCGUUCUCUCUGCGGAGCCGGUACCGCCCACAGCACAUAUUUUAUGGUGCCACCAUCUUCCUUCUUUCUGUGGGCACAGCCCUCCUGGGCCUGAAGGAGGCGCUGCUGUUCAAACUUGGGACCAAGUACAGCAAGUUCGAACCCGAGGGGCUCCUGGCCAACGUGCUGGGCCUGCUGCUGGUCUGUUUUGGGGUGGUUGUGCUCUACAUCUUGGCUCAAGCUGACUGGAAGCGGCCUUCCCAGGCUGAAGAGCAAGCCCUCUCCAUGGACUUCAAGACGCUGACAGAGGGAGACAGCCCCAGUCCCCAGUGACGGCCUUGGGUGAUCCUCCCGGUUCUGUGGGUUCUCGGAUAUCUUUCUGCCCCUCCCUGCAGAGCCUGAAACUUUAGGUCCAGGAGUGCCUGCUGGGCAGUGGUGUUAGUUUAGUGGGAUUUCAGGUUUUGGCUUUGUCCUCUGCUUUUCCUUCCUGCUUGCAGCUUCUGAUGCAUCCUGUGAGCCACGUGUGGGCCCCGCCUGUACCUCCUGCUGCCCAUUCACUUGCAGAAAGCUUGGUGGGGCGCUGGGGUCAAGCCUAGUCCUGAUCGUUAGGGGAGCUAGCUCCACCCUCCAGGCAGCUGAUGGCUGGCCCCCCCCCCCCCCCCCCCCCCAGGGACUGGUGUGGAAAAGCCAAGCCUGCUGCUUGUGCAUUCAACCCAGGAGUCCUAGCGGCUCGGGAAGCAUGUGUCCUUGGCAGUAGAGCAAGUGAUACGAUGUGUAAAGUAUGUUGGUGUUCAGACUGAGGUUCCCCCAAAGGGUUGAGUCUGGCCCCUGAAAGAGCCAUGUGGCUUGGCCAAAGGUCCACACUGUCGCAGACCUUUCUGGUCUUUAACCCCUGAGCCUUAAGUAGGCUUUUCAGGGAAGGGACUAGGUGCUCAGAAUGCAAGUAUGUACCUGCCCUGGUGGAUGAGGGCAGGCUGCUGGUGGCGAGGGGCCUCCUGGCCUCCUGCUGUCCACCUGGGCAGUUCCUCCCUCCAACAGGGGAUGAGCCCCGGUUUCCUUCUGCAGGCCAGCCUGGACAGGCUCUGGGAGGGCAGGUCGCAUACCUUCUGCUGUUUGUCUUGCUCUCCAGGGGGGUUCUGGGUUGCCCGACUUGACUGAAGCAGCCCUGGAGGAUUAUUGUCCUCCCACACUUGGGUCCAUCUUCCCUGGACAAUAGGACUGAAGUGGACAGAGGGAUGGGCUUGGUCUCCUGUGGUGUCUGCACACAGCUUCAACCCCUGCUGCCUGUUGUGUUGUUAGCUGAGUCACUGCUUGGCUUGAGUCUAGAAACAAUGUGAUUAGAGCAUUGGUCUCGUGCUUCUUGGGCUUGGCAACCGCUCUCUCCUCUCCUGGGCCUUGAUAGACAUGGAUAACUUAACAAGGAGAUUAGCAGUUUCUGAACCUGAUAAUUCCUUUAGGUCAAGAGGCCGGCCUUCUGUCAGAUUUCUUGUGUAACUGUGCUGUGGGUCUCUUUCUCCAGCAGUGGUGGAGCCCCCUCUCCCGGCCUCCCCCCCCCCCCCGGGCUGCCCAUCACCCUGGCCCCUCCAGCUCUCCAUUUGCAGGGAUGGUGGGUUUGCCUCCCGUUUCAAUUGUGUAUGCUGCAAGGAUAGGGAUCUUAUCGAUUCUUUCAUCAGCUGGCACACUGAUACAGUCAAAUGUUUACAUGUGGGAGACUUGUCUUUAGACAAACCCCGAGUAUCAUUGUGAAUCUCCCGUGCCAGACUAUACAGAAAACCAGAACUCAUCGAGAGCCUGUAAACUAGUCUUUCUGCCAAAGUGUAUGAUACAUGACUUAGGACCAAAGAAGGCCCCCAAGCAGAUGUGUGUGGUUUCUUGUGUUUGCCUGUGGCUGUCUCCUGUGACGUACAGUGUGUUGUUGGUGCAGCGGAUGAAUCAAUACAUUCUACAGCCGACUACUCGCCUUCUGUUUUCAUUUGUGGAGGCAAGAAAAGGACCCAAAGCUUUAUGCCGUCAGAUUCCGAAGUUAGUUCUACUAGGGAUGAGAGAAACUGUCCCCAGGGUGGGUACCGCAGAUAAAGUGACUGGCAGAUUCUCAGCACAGGACGCACAGGUCUCUGUGGUGGUUGGGUUUGGCCCCCGUGGAGGGGAUCCUGGAGGGCUCUAGGAGGCCCAAACAUGGCAAACAUGGCGCCCACAGUUCUUCUCUUACCCUUGUCUGCCAUUCCUCUGCCUUGCUAAACUGCAGACUACAUUCCGAAAGCUAGUUGCGUCCAGUCACUUAUUUGGCCACCUCCUCCUCCUGAGGCUGACCAUUAAGAUCCAGCUAUCAAACUAUUGCAGUACAGCAAUCAAAAGCCCCCUUUUGGUUACCCCAACUGACAUAAUCAAAACAAACCAACUCACCCCAAAAUGGGGUUUCCCCUUGUACCUUUUAUAAACCGCCAUUUGCCUAUGGGCCACAGCUGUCGCCUCUCUAUCCAGAGGCAGGUCCUUUGUCCCUCCAGGGCAAAUACCCUUUACCUUUCUCCCUUAUUCCUUUCCCCUUCUCCCUCAUCCUCUAUCCCCUGUCUUUGUCUCUUAUUCCCUGUCCUCUGUGCCUCUGGGACAAAUAAAUCUCCUUUGUGCGGAGAACUUAGUCUUGGGAUGUCUUGUGCCAACUCUGAGGUCCUUUCAGAGCUUCCCUUGUUUUUUACCUGAGCCUGGGAAGGCUGGUGCCCAAGUACCUUGUCUGUUGACCCUUUCAACAUCUCCUUCUGAUCCUUAAGAAGAGGAGCAAAGCUUUUAAGAAUGAGCUGAGAUUCUGUGUUAGGUUGAUUUAUGUGACUCAUGCAGGAGCUAUGCUUAUGGAAAGUUUGGGUGGGUCUCACUUUGCCUUCCUAUGCAUGGUGGCACAUGUCUGAUAAAGCACAUGGCAGGCAGGAGGAUCUUGAGGCUGGUCUGGACUACACGGGCAGACCCCAUCUUAAAAUAACAGGGCUAGAGGUGGUAGAGUACUUGCUUAGCAUAGGCAAGGCCCUUGGUUCUGUAUCAGGACAAAAAAACAAACAAAUAAAUACCCCAAUGACAGAAAUAAAGCUAAAAAUACCGUACUAGAGAGUUAUUUCUUUCUGUUUUAUGAGACAGGGUUUCUCUGUAUAACAGCCCUGGCUGUCCUGGAAAUCACUCUGUAAACCAGGCUGGCUUUGAACUCACAGAGAUCCGCCUGC